AAAAAAGAAUUUCCACCACAUACACCUUUACGAGUAUACAAAGAAACAAGAACAAGCAUGGUUGCAGUAACAAAUAAUCUACAAGAUGGUGAUAUAAUUUGUUUUCAAAAGGAAUUCAUAGAAAUAAAUCGGACAGGUAGUGCUUGUGAUAUUCCUACAUUCUAUAAGUCAUUAUCCACGCGUAUCAUCGUUCAAUUCUCGCCAAAAUUUAAAGAUGAAAAACAAAAAUCCGAAUUUAAGUUAGCCCUAGACAAGGAUUAUUCCUAUGAUGUUGUUGCUAGCCACGUUGCUGCAUAUUUAAAUACAGAUCCUUUGAAAUUACGUUUUACGUCAGCACAUAUAACAUUCGGCACACCUAGAACUAUCAUCCAAAGAAAAACUUAUCUAAAAUUAAAGUCGAUGCUUCCAGCAAGAUAUCAAUCUCUACCUACCACGGCGAAUCUUAUAUAUUAUGAGAUAUUGGAUUUUAGCAUUGUCGAAUUAGAAAAUAUGAUGCACUUUAAAGUGUACUGGCUAGGAACGACUUUAAAGGAAUUGGAAGCGAUUAAUAUUCUUCUUCCAAAGAAUGUUAUAGUUGAUGAUUUUUUAGAAGACAUUUUACGAAAACUUUCACUGCCAGGACCCACCAAUAGAAUUAGAUUAUUGGAAAUUACGAAUUGCAAGGUUUUAAAAGAAUAUAAUGGUAAAUGUCUAAUAGAUAGAAUACCGGCACAUGCGACAUUAUAUGCAGAGGAAAUAUCUCAAGAGGAAAUUGAGAAAAAUCUUAAUGAUAAAGUUGUCCAAGUAUAUCAUUUCACCAAGAAUCCUACAUACACACACGGAAUCCCAAUCAAAUUUGUUAUUAAAGCUGGUGAGCUUUUUUCAGCGACCAAGUUGCGCCUUCAAGCACGUUUAGGAAUGAAUGAAAAUGAUUUUGCAGACAUAAAAUUUGCGAUAGUACACGAAGUGGCAUAUACAAAACCUAGAUAUAUAGUUCAUGAUAACGUUAUACUAUCAAACCAAAAUUGGACGCCCAAUACAUAUUUAGGUCUUGAUUAUGUGAGCAAAACAGAAUGUGUAGGAUUAGUGGGUGAUAAUAAAACCUCAAUAUAUAUAAAUGAAUAA